AUGAAUAAAGACUUGGCCCAAAUAUUGGAGGAUUUUCUGUCGGAUGGGAAUAGAAAACACAGAGGACAUGAUGAUGAUGGCACAAAUGAGGAGAACAUCCCACAUUUUAUCAAAGGGGACGGAUCCAACUUGUUCAAAGAUGAUAUAGGAAAAAAAUUAGAAAAAAAAAACUUUUUCAAAUAUACAGAAUAUUCAUUAAGUAGCCUCUACAUGUCAGACAAUCAAAUUCGUUUAGAAGAAGAUCCCCAAUAUGAAACGUUUAUAAAUAUAAUAACCAAAGGAUCGGAUGUUAAUAACGAAUAUAAGUGGGUUGAUGAUUAUUUCAAAUUUGAGAUGAAAGAAGAAUUUAAUAUAUUAACGCCACAAUCGCAAGACAGAGAUUUUUUGUUCAGGAAAUAUUUACAGCCAAGUCAGUUAAAAAAUAUUUGCCUACUACGAAAAUAUGAACACGCAGCCAUUUCCAAAACGCCGGAAAAAAAUAAAGUGGAUGCUAAAAUAGUGUCUGAGUAUAUUGUUCACGAUAGUUACAGGCACAUAAUGAAGGCAUUAAACUUCAAACUAAGUCACAGGAUUUUUGCACAAGCGCGCAUUUUUCACAGUAAAUAUGGAAACAGCGAUCACAUAAUCAUACUGGUCAUGCGGCAUUACAAGGAUGAGAAUUUUCUCCAUCCACUUUUUCACGAUAGGGCACUUGUUCAAAUAAAGUCCUAUUUAAAUGAUAAUAAAUACGCCGAUAUGACUCAAAAGAAUCUGCUGAACUACACAGAGAUUUUCAAGCCGUACGUCUCACUGAGAAAAGUGGACAACAAUUUCGUGGAGCAAAUUAAGGACAGGUAUUAUGGCGCCUUUUAG